AUGGAGAUAAAUUCUUUUUUAUACUUUUGGCCUGAAGAAUAUUCUAAACUUAAUAAAAGCGAUAAAUGGAUUGCUUAUAUCAACGCUACUGGCUGUAUAAAUAUUGAACAAAAUAUUUUAUCAGCACAAAGUAAUAACAGUAAUGUAAUAGUUUUAUAUUCUUACCCACAGAAGAAAGAACAAUGUAUACCUAGAUCUGAUGAAUUUUUGUUACCAGUAUUUGUCAAUACUGAUGAACGAUGUAAAAAUUUUAGCUCAAAUUCAAAUUCGAGUAAUUUAAAUACAUUUAUAAAGCAUAUUACUACUCAGAGUACUGGCGAAUACAACAGUAAUAACAGCAACAAUGAUAAUGUGAUUGAGACUUAUCAAACUGCUAUGAUCGUUUUAUAUGUUAUAUCAGGAGCUGUAUUAGGAAUAUUUAUUAUAAUUGUUUUUACGAACCUUGUAAAGAGGAGACUUCAAUCACGACAACCAAUUCAUCCUAUAGGUGGUAAUAAUCAACAAAACCGAGGUAUUACCAAGGCUGUAUUAGAUAGUUUUCCGGUUUACUCAUUUUCAUUGAAGAAAAAUGUUAAUGAAGAUAUAGAAAAAGGACACGAUAAAGUUACUUAUGAAUUAGAGACAUUAAAGACUGUUGAUGAUGAAAAAGGUAAUUUAACAGUAGAUGAAAUUAAUCAAGUCGAAAAAACACAUGAUAUAUCUAUAGAAAAUAAAGAAAUUAAGGAUAAGAAUAUUGCAACCACAGAUGAAAAUAUUAUGAAUAAUCUUUCUCAAAAUGGUCAGAAAGUUAUUUCUCAAAAUUCACUCAACAAUGACAAUUUGACAUUAUUUAACAACAAAGUCACAGAAGUUCAAUCUACUUGUCCAAUUUGUUUGGGAGAUUUUGAAUCAGGAGAAGAAGUAAGAAUAUUGCCAUGCGGCCAUCAAUAUCACACCGCGUGUAUUGAUACUUGGCUAUUAGAAAUUUCAUCAUUAUGUCCGAUGUGUAAAGCUGAUUACACAUCUUGGAAUAUUGAUUUAUCAAAUUCUCUUCACGGAGAUAUUUCUGCUUCUACAGAUUCUUCUGGAAUUUUUCCACAUUUCCGAUGGAUUAAAUAUUUAACAUCUAUAAGGAGUAGGAGGCGCAGUCGACGUAGACGUACACGAAUAAAUGCUGGAGAAGGAAAAUUAGGAAAAUUAAAAAUGGCUAAAGAUAUUAUUGAUGAGUGUAUCGAUGACCAAACAAUUAUCUUGAAACUCAAAGAACGUUUUGAAAAUACGAACGACGAAAGAGAGCGUCAAAAGAUCCACAAUACGAUCAUUCGCGAAAUGUCAAUUCAUUUUUAUUGUAAAGAAGUAAAUCUUUACCCAUUGUUAGAGAAGCAUCUUCCAGAUGGAAAGUCCGUAUGUGAGAAAUGUCGCCAAACAAAUAAAGAAAUCAAAAAAGAACUUGCCAAAUUAGAUGUUGACGAGGCACAAGGAAAAGUUUUUCCAAGAUUCAAAGAAGCGAUUGCAGCUGAUGUUAUCAAAGAAGCUGGCGCAAAAUAUGCUUCCUCUCGUAGUUUGGCUCCCACACAUCCUCACCCUGAUGCACCUAAUGAGGUAAAAUCGGCAGUUGCAACAGCUCCAGUUGACAAGGCUCGCGACAUUCCUCGUGAAUUUGUUGAUACUGGUCGUUAA